GCUGAUAUAGCCAGAGGGGAUGAUAUUACUAGUCUCAAGUUCACACUUGUAUCUUGGUUAAUGCAGACCAGCCUAACUCUGAACUCCAUUAUUUUCCAUAGAAACAAGUUUUGUCUUAGAUUCUAUCACAACACAACAGAGCAACUUCUAUGUCCUGUUAAUUAUAAUUGGGAUGAUGCUGCAAUUUGGAACUACCAUCCUGACUAUUGUGCAAUGUUUUAUUCUUGGCCCUCUUACUUGUAUAGUGAUAGAUACUACAACCCAAAGAACCCUAUGAAGGGCUUGUUCAAAGAUGAACUACUUAUGAAGGCAGUCAAGCAUAUAUUCACAUCUCCCAGUUCAGCUGAG